CAAUCGUUUCAAUUUCUGAUUAACAUUACGAUUACUACCUCCUAUUUUCAACUCAAUCACUUCAUCCGAUCUUCAGAAUGCACUCCUCAAUCAUUCUCCUCUCAGCAGUCCUUGUUACCGCGUUGGCACAAUCUCCCCUCUCUCUAGGCUCAACCUGCACUUCCUCCAGCCAAUGCGGCACUGGCGUCGAAUGUUAUGCCGUCAACUCCAUGGCAUCCUUCGAUGCGGUAACCAAGGCGCAACGUGCUCUUCCGACUCCGAAUGUGCAUUCAACACCUGUAUCUCUGGAUCUUGCUCCGGAACCCUCUCCUCCUCAUCUGCCGCAGUUUCAAGCACCCCUGUCUCAACCACUUCAGUCCCAUCUUCAACAGCCACCGCUGUCGCCUUGGGAGGAACCUGUACUACCUCCUCUCAAUGUGCGAACGGCGCAUCCUGCUACUCAGUGAACUCCCAGGAAGUCCUCCGCUGCGGUAAUCAGGGCGCAACAUGUUCCUCUGACUCUCAAUGUGCGUUCAACACUUGCGUUUCUGGAUCUUGUUCUGGAACUCUAUCAUCCUCCUCCAUAACCUCGGGCUCCACGUCCUUCGGCAGCGUGACCACGUCUUUCAAAUCUUCUUCGACUGCUCCCGCUGGAGGAGCAAACGUGACUGUUACCUCGAUAUCGACGGGUGUCCCUGCUGGCUUUACAACUUCGGUUACGGUUGUCAAUGGCGUGACGAGUAGUGUGCUUGUCAAUUCUGCUGGGGCGACGACUAGUUUUGGAGCGGUUGCUACUCAGACUAUUACGAGCUCGACGAAGGGAAGUGGGGCUGGGAAGUUGGCUGUUGGAUUCGGUGGUAUGUUUGCUGUUGCUGCGGGGGUUGCUAUGCUUUUGUAGCUUAGACUAGAAGAGUGAGCACGGAGAUGGGAAGUAAGGGCUGUAUGAUAGAUGCUUUAGAGUAAGGUUGAAUGAAUGCGUUUUGUUGAGAGACUUUCAUUUGGUG